AUGUCCCGCACACAAUUCACAAUCGAGAGCGUUGAUUGUCUCACCAACCCGAGCAUCGAAGAGCAGUCAGAAUGCUCUAAGGUUCUCCUCGAUGCCUUCUUGAACGACAGGUUCACCAAUCAGCUCUAUGGGCAAAGUGUUGAGCUCCGGCGGCUGUCUCACGACGUCGACAUCAGAGCCACUCUAGUGGACUGCGAAGUCUGGGUCACAAGGGUCAAAGAUGAUAGCGUAGAAGGUGGGACUGCCAUUGCUAGCGUCGCAUGUGUCUCGCCCCCCGGGGAGGAGAUGUACAGCCAACAGUAA